AUGGACAUGCAGGAAGUCUGGCUGGACAAGCCGGAAGGCGCUCUGGACAAUCCCAGCAGCAAGGACCAAGCUGCAAACAGAGACAAGAAGACGCGAGUUGCUGACGUUUGCAACACGGAGAAAAAAUCCAUUGUAGAUAUAGAAGGGCUAGGCGAGUAUGACAUAGAGAAGAAGGACGAGCUAGAGGAGGAGUCGUACUACAAGUUGCUUUCGAUUGCAUAUGCUCUAAUAGCAAUUAUAUCAGACGCACCGUACUUCCUAAUCGUAUCAAUGGGCGAUUAUUUCAGACAGGCAUUUAACGUGAAGGAUAUACUGAUAACGGAGUUUGCCUUAAUGGAAAGCAUAGUGUUUAUAGUUGUAUGUGUAUUGUUACACCUGAUUGGAAGUUACAGACUGAAGUGGAACCUGUUACAGCCACUCCUUUCCACAUUUUUUUUAACCUUAAUAUAUUUAGUGGUAUAUUUCAAGAGCGACUACAUAGGACACAAGAUCGUUAUUUUCAGUGUUAUACCAUUUGCAAUAAUAGCAUGUGUUAUAAAAAUGACUACGAUGAAGAUAUGUGUUCUCUUCAGAAAGCAGUACUGCACAGCGUACGUUUGUGGAUUGUCCCUAUCCGGAUUUGUGGUAUUUAUUUUGUACGUACUGGGAGCCUAUGUCUUCUUCGCAGACGAUGAAAAUAAAUUCCGUAAAAUGUUUUCCCUUUUUUGUGGGGUCUUCUCGUGCAUUGCUCUAACAUCCUUUUUUAUUCUGCAAAAAAUAUACAAGCUUCCGUUUGUUGAGCGGCUUAAAGAAAAGUACGAAGAUAAGGGAUUACUGAUUAAUAAGACGAUUUUGGUGGAGUCUGUGAAAUCCAUUUCUGUCGUUUGGGAAUACGUCAUUAUUGGCUUUUUAGCAAAUUUUAUGGCAUUUCAGAUUUACCCUACAGUUUUUCCCAUUUGUAUUAAAGCGAGCAAAGAAAUGAAGGGACUGCUGUCUGGAUUACUACUUUUUGGAGACUCAUCAGCACACCUGUUGGUUCACUUUUUGGAUUCCUACUUUCUGAAGAUGAAUAUCCCUGCCUUUUUCUUUAUCAAAUUGGUCAUGCUUGGAUUUCUGCCCAUUUUUUUCACUUUAGUUAUUUACCACAGCUCAAUUUUUUACAAUUCAUACUUUUUAAUGGCCUUAUCCUACUCCUUUGGAUUUUGUCACGGAAUUUUGUCCAACUCCGUUUUUGUGAAAAUCCCCGAAGUCUGCAGAAAGCGCAAGAAGGAGCAGUACCUCAAGUUGGCCCCCAACAUCGUCUUCUUGGCCUUCGUGCUGGGGACCAUGAUUGGCGUCCUCCUGUCUAAGCUGUACGUGAUCCUCCUGACCGGGCACUAG